UGUCGUAGACAACAAAUGAUUUAUUUAAAAUACGAAUUCAAAUCCACCAUGCUCAUUGGCAAUGAAAUGUUCGUCGAGAAUCCACACGAACGCUUCCCAUGCGCCGUUUGCGGCAAAAGCUAUUUGCGCAAGCGUCACUUGCAACGGCACAUGCGCGACGAAUGCAUUGGCAUACCGCCACGUUUCAGCUGCGACCUUUGUCCCUCACGUUUCCGCCGUAAAUACCAUAUGGUACGCCAUUUGACCUCAAAACACGGCAUACCGCCGGCCAUAGCGCAACAGGCGACCAGCAACAGCGGUGGUGGCGGCGCAUGCGGUUAUCGCAGCGGUGGUGAGAGUGGUAGUGUUGGCGGCAUGAUCAACUCCAAUGACGCCUGCAAUGGUGCUAUACCGGAGAAUUUGUCAAUGAAGAAGGAUCACUAUGACUCGGAUAACAUGGCACACAGCCCACAGACACCAAUGGCCGCUGUAGCACAAGCCGCCGCUGUCAAUGGUGCGGAUGUGGAUGGUGCUGCUGUUGUGCCUGUUUUGGAGAAGCCGACUUAUGGUUUGACUGGCGCCAUAACCGCCAUAUCGGCGGCCACAGUAAUGGCUGAGAGCCGAGAGCUUGGUCAGGCGGCAGACGAAGGCAUGAAUGAGGAAAUGGCACGCACGCUGGCCGCUACAGUUGAGGCGGAUGGUGGUGCGGCAGGACAAUUGGCGGCCAGUAAGGCUUUGGAUGCGAUUGGUGAGGAUUGGAAAAUGAAAUUGGGCAUACAGCUGAUCUCGAAUACGCUGUUGAAGGAGCGUCUCAUCAAUACGAUGCCAUUUGCAUACAACAACAAUUAAUUAUUGUGACGCAAAAAGGAUGGAUUUUCUCAUGUACUCGUAUUCAACAACAUGCCAAGGAUAUUUAGCAUAAAAUAAUACUCAUUUCAACUAUAGUUACGUAUUUAUUUAUUUAUUCACUUAUUUAUUCAAGAACAAUUCAUAUACAUGCAUACAUACAUAAACGCAAGUCAACGAUACGCACAACAUUUCGUUUAAACUUUAAAGCAUGACAUUUGCGAUGUUCCAACAAACACGCUCUAAAACAUAUAUGUACCCCGUUAUGUAUGUUUAUGUAUGAAACAUUUACCAAAAAGUAUUAACAAUUGACAACUUUUUGUUCAUCAAAUUUACACACAAUUUUAUUUUACUCAUAUAUACAUAUGUAUACUUAAAAUAUUUUUUUAAUAACUAUUUAAUAUUUAUUUUAGAAGUAAUGCAUUACCAUUACCAAACGAAGCGACACGAAAGACAUUUAUGUUAUUUUAAUUUUUGUAUUUUAACAUUUUAUAUGAAAAAACAAACCAAAAAAAAAAUCUUAUUAUUUAACUAAUACUCGUAGUAUUAACUUAAUAUAUGAAAGUUAAACCGAUCUCCAGGGAACGACAUGCAGUCACCGUUAAUCCCAAUUAGAUUGUAAAUUAUUUAUUUACUCAUUUACUUAUUUACUUAUUUUUCGUCUAAGUCAUAAGACUUUUGUGGACAUACUCAUUAAAAAAAACGCUUACGUGGCGUAGUUAUCGCCAAACAGACAAUUCAUAGGGUGAGAUUGUUUAGUUUAGAGUUGGCUAACGUUAGAAAUUUAGUUUGCAUGGAAAACGAUUUUUUGUAUAUCGAAAACGGCACAUAAGAUGCUUCAAAGAUUCAGUCAUAAAUAAUUAAAAAAAAAUAUAUAUUUAAUUUUUUUUUUUCAAUUAGUGUUAACUUUUUAAAAAUUGUUUAAUGCGUCCAGCAGCACAAAUUAUAAAUAUUUAAGUAUUUUAGCUAUAAAAAAACAGGGAAUUUCAAUAAUUUUUUUAACGUAAAGCUAGAUAUAAAAUUAAAGGCAACUGUCUUAAUGGCGCACAAAUUUAGUUUGGUAGCUGCUCAAUUUAGUUUUUAUAUACUUGUAUUAUUUUAUUUUGCUUCAUUUUAAGCACUGCACUUUAUACUAAGGUUAAUAGGGCACUCAUACCUAUGAAAAUACAUAACUAAAAAAGAAAUAAUACAUAUCAAAACAAAACACACAACGCAGUUCUAAUAAAAAAGAAAUAAA